AUGGCUCCCAACGCACCACGUCCCUUCACCACCUCCGCCCGCGUGCACCCCGCCAUCCCUGUCUCCUUCCACCAGCCGCACCACCACCUGCCCAAGAUGACUUCGCCGGCACAGUCCACGGCCCGCUUGGGACGCUGGUUCCUGCCCGUGACAGGCCUCUUGUUCCUCGGCGCGGCGGCGACUUCGUACCUCGACAGGCGCUUCGUCCAGGGGAGCUACACGCCCGGCCUCUCGGCGACCGAGCAGCGCGCGCUGCGGCAGCGCGAGCAGAACGCCGCGCUGAUGUCGGCGUACGGCGACCGCGAAUCGCUCGAGGAUGUGCAACGGGCCAUGGAACUCUAUGAGGUGCAGUGA